AUGUCAAAAUUGAAGCUCCCUCACCAACUUCCCAUCUCCCUCCUUUUGUUACCUGUGCUGUGAGUUUCAGUUUGUUGUGAAGUCUCCAACGAAGGACAUGGAGGAAUCUCUGCUGGGAGGAGAAGGUAGCAGUAGCUCCAGCUCUCGACGUCAGAUUCCGCAUGUCAGGUUUAGGCGCCGCUCCGAUGCCAUCGCUUAUGGCUCGGCGUACCAAAGAGCAGCUGCUCUUGUGGAUCUGGCUGAAGAUGGCAUUGGUAUACCCGAGAAAAUUCUUGAUCAGUCAAACUUUCAGAGUGCUGCAAGACUCUACUUCAUUUUCAUUAGAUUUGAUUUUCUUUGGUCCUUAAAUUUCUUUGCGCUGAUAAUUCUAAAUUUCUUUGAGAAACCUUUGUGGUGCUCCUCCAAAUACGAGACACAUUCUUGUAAUGAUAGGGAGUAUUUCUUUCUUGGGCAAUUGCCGUACUUAACAGCUGUUGAAUCUCUUAUAUAUGAGGCAACGACUCUCAUAAUACUCACGAUACACACUUUUUUCCCAAUUUCAUAUGAAGGUGCUCAGCUUUAUUGGAAAAAUCCCUUGAACCAAUUGAAGGUCGUUUGCACAAUUAUUUUGGUUGCCGAUUUUGUCAUUUAUACCCUAUAUUUGUCGCCAGUGGCCUUUGAUUCUCUUCCAUUCAGAGUUGCACCAUAUAUAAGGGUUGUCUUUUUCAUCAUGAAUAUCAGGCAUCUCCGGGAGAGCAUCAUCAUCCUGGCUGGAAUGCUUGGCACAUACUUGAAUGUCUUGGCUCUAGGGCUUCUGUUUCUUCUGUUUUCCAGCUGGUUGGCAUAUGUUAUAUUUGAGGAUACACAGCAGGGAAAAAUAGUAUUUACUUCUUUUGGAGCCACAUUAUAUCAAAUGUUUAUUUUGUUCACUACAUCCAAUAGUCCAGAUGUUUGGAUACCUGCCUACAAGGCAUCUCGUUGGUAUUGUCUCUUUUUUGUUCUUUACGUGCUGUUGGGAGUUUACUUCGUUACAAACUUGAUUCUUGCUGUUGUAUACGAUAGCUUUAAAAGUCAGCUUGCAAAACAAAUUUCCGAGAUGGACCGCUUGAGGAAAAGUAUAUUGGCCAAAGCUUUUGGUCUUAUGGAUACUAAUAACGUUGGGUUUAUCAAUAAAGAGCAGUGCCUUGCACUUUUAGAAGAACUUAACAGAUACAGGUCUUUGCCGAAAGUAUCAAGGGAUGAUUAUGAGUUAAUAUUUGAUGAGCUGGAUGACAGUCGUGAUUUUAAGAUUAAUAUGAAUGAGUUCGCUGAUCUUUGCAAUGCUAUAGCCUUGAAGUUCCAGAAGGAGGACAUUCCUUCAUGGUUUGAAGGGUAUCCUUCGAUCUACCAUUCAGUUUUCUCAAAAAAGUUGAAAGCAUUUGUGCGGAGCCCCACAUUUGGAUAUGCUGUAUCUUUUAUCCUCAUACUGAACCUGGUUGCUGUUAUUAUUGAAACAACUCUUGAUAUAGCAAACAAUGCAGGUCAGAAAGCAUGGCAAGAACUCGAGUUUGUAUUUGGUUGGAUAUAUGUAGUUGAAAUGGCUCUAAAAAUCUACUCGUUUGGAUUUUUGAACUAUUGGAGAGAUGGCCAAAAUCAGUUUGAUUUCCUUGUCACGUGGAUUAUAGUGAUUGGAGAAACUAUGACUUUCGUUGCACCCAGUGGACUAACUUUUCUUUCAAAUGGAGAAUGGAUUCGCUACCUUCUGAUAGCAAGAAUGUUACGCUUGAUAAGGCUCCUAAUGCAUGUCCGGCAAUAUCGAGCUUUUCUUGCUACCUUUUUAACUCUCAUCCCUAGUUUGAUGCCAUAUCUAGGAACCAUUUUCUGUGUCCUCUGUCUUUAUUGCACACUUGGUGUGCAGGUCUUUGGAGGACUUGUUAAUGCUGGAAAUGCCACUUUGUCUAAGACUGAUCUGGAUGAGGAUGACUACCUACUUUUCAAUUUUAACGACUAUCCUAAUGGCAUGGUGACACUGUUCAAUUUGCUAGUUAUGGGAAACUGGCAAGCCUGGAUGCAGAGCUACAAGGAAUUAACAGGAAGCAUUUGGACCCUCGUUUAUUUUAUCAGUUUCUACCUAAUAACCGUUUUGCUGCUCUUAAAUUUGGUUGUAGCCUUUGUCUUGGAGGCAUUCUUUGCUGAAUUGGAUAUUGAAUCUUCAGAAAAUGGCGAAGAACAGGAUCAGGACGGAGAUAGUAGAAAGGAUCGUCGACGUUUUGUUGGCACUAAAACUCGGAGUCGCAAAGUUGACAUUCUUCUCCAUCAUAUGUUGAGUGCAGAAUUGGAUAAGGAUUCCGAUUAGUGCUGUUUCUUUUCCAGAUGAGGAAUUUUUCGUCAAAUGAAGCUCCCAGUUUCAGUUCGUCCGUUCCCCGUGAUGCGAGAAUUCCAAAUGAACCAAAAAAACGUGUAUAAAUGAUCCCUACACAUCAUACUUCCUGUAAUCCUGAUGUCAGUGGAUAGUUCUGAAGGGGGUAACCUUAAAGAUGGGGAGUCUGCAUGAACAUUAAUGUAGUUUGUUAUCUGAACUGCGUAGACAGCAGGUGACUUUCCAAAGUUUUAUUUACUUGAUCUCCAUUAGGAGAGAGAGAGAGCUUAGCUAUACAGUCUGCUAGUUUGAUUUCAGUUGGAUUACUGUACUCUUGAUUUUUAAACUAUGGAAUCCUCUCGCCUCAUCGUUUACCACUCCAUUCACAAAGUCCGAGAUGAUUGCUGGUAAUAAAAUAAUGCGACGUGUGAGGAAUCAAGCAUC